CGUAUAGCACAAAAUCUAUAAUCAGUCAGGUGACGAGCCCCUUGUGACAGUUCCUCAUCUCAGUCGCGAAAAAUAAUUCACAAAAAUAUCAGUAAUAAUCCUGUAAAAUGGCCCUCCAGUCCGCUAUUAAAGGAAAACUGAUCAGCGUCAUCGGAGAUGAGGACACCUGUGUCGGAUUCCUGUUGGGUGGUAUCGGUGAAAUCAACAAGAACAGACACCCAAAUUUCAUGGUUGUCGACAAAAACACAGCCGUCAGUGAGAUAGAAGACUGCUUCAAGCGGUUCAUCAAGCGGGACGACAUUGACAUCAUCCUCAUCAACCAGAACAUCGCGGAGCUCAUCAGACACGUCAUCGACAGCCACACCGCCCCCGUGCCCGCUGUCCUCGAGAUUCCCUCGAAGGACCAUCCUUAUGAUGCUAGCAAGGACUCUAUCCUGCGUCGUGCUAAGGGCAUGUUCAACCCGGAGGACCUGUCGAUGUUCGGAUCUGAGAACUACAGUACCUAAAUACAUACUACAGUAUCUAUAAGUAUAUUCAUUGUUUGUAUUCCAUAUAGGUAUAUAAUUUAGUUAUAAUAAAAUGACGGAAUAUGAAA